AUGGAAGACCCAACGACAAGAUUUUACAAAUGCAGAAAAACUUGUUGUGAAAUGCUUGAAGAUAGGGGAUACAUAAUAACGCCAAGAGAAAAACUUGAAAACUUUUCAGCCUUUAAAGAAUUAUUCGAAGAAAAUGAAAAAUUACGCUCAAGAAUGACAAUUAUAACUAGCCAUAAAAAUGAUUCAAACAACAAAAUAAUAGUGUACUUCGCUGACGAAAUUAAGAAAACAGGAGUUAAACCCCUAAGAGAACUUACCGAAAAAAUGGAUGAAAAGUCGAUUCAAAGAGCAAUACUUGUCACUCAGAAUAUAUUAACACCAUUUGCUCGAGAUGCAAUUAAGGAGGCUGCUCCAAGACAUAUUAUAGAAAAUUUUUUAGAUGCCGAAUUACUGGUUAAUAUUACUAAACACGAACUAGUACCAAGACAUAUUCCACUAACAAGCGAUGAAAAAAGAAAUCUUUUACAAAGAUAUAAAAUUAAAGAAAAUAAGUUGCCAAGAAUUCAAGAUGUAGAUCCUGUGUGUCGUUAUUUUGGCUUAGCAAAAGGACAAGUUGUCAAAAUAAUUAGACCAAGUGAAACUGCAGGAAGAUACGUGACAUACAGACUUGUAGUUUGA